AAUUUAUUCUAGUGGAGACCAACUCAGAUAGAUAAGACAAUACACAUUGACUUGCCAAACGUUGACUCUGCUACCAAACAAGAUAAAUCCAUGAUCUCUCUUGAGCUAUAAGAUCUAAGACAACAAAUUAAAAGCAGAAUCAAAGAAACUUAUACUCCCAGCUCAUAUACACUCCCGUAAUCUCAACUUCCAUGGCCAUCCUGACUGAACUACAAGAAGAAGAAGCAGCAGCAGCAUCAUCAAGAAGGUAUCACGUUUUCUUGAGUUUUAGAGGGAAGGACACUCGUCUGGGGUUUACAGAUUACCUCUACGAAGCUUUAGUGAAUGAAAACAUCUCUACCUUUCGGGAUGAAGAAGAGGCUGAAAUUGGGGAAGAACUAAAACCGGAGCUUGCAAGAGCUAUAAAAAGCUCUCGUGCUUCAAUAAUUGUGUUCUCUAAGAACUACGCAUCAUCAACAUGGUGUCUGGAUGAACUCGUGAUGAUCCUUGAGCAGCGAAAGGCCUCCAACCAUAUUGUCAUCCCUGUUUUUUACGAUAUUGAGCCUACCCAUGUCAGAAAGCAAGAAGGCACCAUUGGAGAAGCGUUAUCUGAACACAGACAGAGGAUUGCAGCUGAAAAGGACGAGGAGAAGAAAAUUCAAGGUGCUCGUAAGUUGGAGAUGUGGACGAAAGGACUGACAGAAGUUGCUGAUUUGAUAGGAAAGGAUGCCAAUGGCCGACGAGAGAUGGUGGUUAUUGAAGAGUUGGUUAAGGAAAUUAGUAGCAGACUGGAACUACACUCGGAGUGUACUAUCCCACACUUAAUUGGGAUGGACAUUUCUAUUGAUACCAUCAGUUCCUGGUUGAAAGGAGGAUCAUCAGAAAAUGCCGAAGUUCUCACAAUUUCAGGAAUGGGGGGGAUCGGGAAGACAUCUUUGGCAAAAUAUAUCUAUAGGUUACACUACCAUGAAUUUGAAAGAAGUAGCUUUGUUGAAGACAUUGAAAGAAGGUGUGCAGGACAAACACGUGCACUACUUGAUCUACAAAAACAGCUUCUUGGAGACCUUCUUGGUAAAAGAAUGAUUGAAGAACAUGAUGUAGAUGUGCUCACAUAUAAGAUUGAGAAAGCAUUACUUAAUAAACAAAUGCUUUUGGUUCUUGAUGGUGUUGAUAACUUUGAGCAAGUGGAUGUGCUGAUUGGAACAAAUGGUUUUCUUCAUCCAAGAAGCAAAAUUAUUAUAACAACCAAAGAUGGGUCCUUAACAGAAAAAUGUGCUUUAUUUCGCAUGAGGGUUCCUCCCAAACAUCAAAAGCAUGCACUUCAUGGUUUAAGUGAUUCUGAAUCUCUAAGUCUUUUAUGUUGGCAUGCAUUUGGAGGCUAUGAUCCUAAGGAAGGUUAUGAAAACGAGGCAAUAAGAGCUUCAAAGUAUUGUGGAGGACAUCCAUUGGCUCUUAAACUUUUGGGAAGUUCUCUAAACAACGAAGAUGUAGACACAUGGAGGGAUACGUUUGAAAUGCUAAAGACAAGAGAAUUCCAUACUCAUGUACAUGUACAGAAGGUCCUGCAGAUUAGCUUUGAUUCUUUGCCAUCUGACAAUUGCAAAGAAUUGUUUAAGCAUAUUGCAUGUUUUUUUGUUGGAAGUGAUAAAGAAAUGAUUGAAGCAAUAUUAAAGGAAUGUGGUAUUCGUACAUCAUAUGGGAUCACAAAGCUCAUAGAUAGAUGUCUUCUCACAAUUGGUCCACUUAAUGAGUUGAGGAUGCACCAAUUGCUUCAAGAGAUGGGAAGAGAUUUGGUUCAUCAGGAAUCACCUGAGAAGCCAUGGAAGCGUAGUCGAGUAUGGAAUCAUGAGGAGUCCCUCUAUUUAUUGAAAGAAGACAAGGGUACAACAAAAAUCCAAGGUCUUGUCCUUGACAUGAAAAUGUUGGAGAAAGAGUCGUUAGGUGGAUCAGGCAGUACUGUUGCAGAUAGUGAACUUCAAAUUAAUGAUCCGAACACGAUUUUUGGAAUAGGUUCAUCAACCCAUAGCAUUCUAAAAUUCUCUUCUUGUUGCAAGAAAACUGAACUGAAAACAGAUGCAUUAAGAAAGAUGGAUAAACUAAGUCUACUCCAACUCAAUCAUGUAAAAUUCAAAGGUUCCUACAAGUAUUUUCCGAAAGGUUUAAGAGGGUUGUGUAUGCAUGGAUCCAAAUUGAAAUACAUACCUUCGAGCUUACCAAUGGAAAAUUUGGUUGCUCUUGACAUGUCUUACAGUGAUUUGACACAGCUUUGGAAGAAGCCAAAGCUUCUUGGGUCAUUGAAGAUUCUUAAUUUAAGUUAUUGCAAGCAGCUUGUUAGAGCUGGUGGCUUCUCCGGGCUACCUGCACUUGAGAGGUUGAUACUUAAAAGGUGUGAAUGUUUGGUUCAUGUGUGUGAAUCAAUUGGUGGAUGUGAUAGUCUUCUUCUUCUUGAUCUGAGCUAUUGCAGGAAGCUUAAAAUGCUUCCAAGCAGCAUGAUCAAGUUGAAGAAUGUUCAAAUGCUAUCUUUAGACGGUUGCGCAGCUAGGAUUGGCAAACAAUCGCAUGCCUCUUCCUCUUCCUCUUCUGUUGGAGAAUUUGUACCGAAACAUCCAAGCAUAUUGUUGAUUUCCUUGCCAUCUUCACUAGUAACCUUGUCUCUUAAACACAGUAAUUUAUCGAAUGAAUCCUUUCCAGCGGACUUUACCAGCAUGUCCAUGUUGAAGAAAUUACUUUUAGACGGAAAUCCAAUUGAUUCCCUGCCUGAUUGUGUCAGAAACCUUACCAGGCUUGAACGACUCUCUGUUAUGGAUUGUUCGAAGUUAAAGUCAGUUUUGUGUCCUCCAAAUACAGUGAAACGUUUGAGUGCUGACUGGUGUGUGUCACUUGUUAAAAUAACAUUCUCUCAGGAAAUCACAGCACCACCAUUUGUCCGUUACCGUUAUUCAGUGUCAUUGACUGAAGUUCAAGGCGUAUUCAAAAUUCAAGCUAUAGAAAAAAUUGACGACCAAAUAUUAUGUAGCUUGGGGUGGACACAUUUACAACAUGUGAAAGAUCACAAGGUGCGGAUUUGGGAUUCUGCCAUAUGGUCUCGUGCGACGAAACUUCCAGUUCAGAUGUGUUACGAAUUUGGAAUAUUUAGCACAUGUUUUCCAGGGAAUGUGGUUCCAGAAUGGUUAGGUCAUAAAAACAAUGGUUCAUCAAUAUCAUUCACCAUGCCAUCGUCUUCAACAAAUAAAAGGAUCGAGGGAAUAAAUAUAUGCUUUGUGCAUACAUUUUCAGGCAGAGGGAUGGUUAGUUCUUUAAGAACAAAAGUAAGGAAUAUAACAAAAGAUCUCACAUGGAUAUAUUAUGGUUAUAUAUUUGUUGUCAGAGAAGCUGAUGAAGAUUUAGUAUGGUUAAGCCAUUGGAUGUUUGGGAAAAAUGAGCUCGAAGAUGGCGAUGAAGUUAGUGUAACCAUUGUAGAGGAAGAGGAAGACGGUGGUAUAAUGGUAAAAGAGUGUGCAGUCAGUCCUGUGUACAAUGAUAGAGAGAAUGAAGAAGACCCUUUGAGUUAUUAUAAGUCGUGGAAACAUAUCAUUGGUGGAGAUUUGUCUGCUUUUCAAUUAACGUCAGGAGAUUACUUCCUAACCCAUGAUCGUUUUUUUAAUCAUCCCCUAGCAUUUAAAGACCUCUUUCAACAUAAAACAACCCAGAAUCUAUUUGGCUAUAUUCCGCAAUAUAAAGGUACAACACUAAUUCUUAAAUAUUGUUCUGUCUCCAAAAUUAUCUUUUAAUUUAACGGCAGGCCACCUCAAGUUGAAGCUUGUAGGAUUCGAACAUGAGUCCACUCCAUUUUUAUGGUUUAAGUUCCAAGUGAUCACCACUAGGCCACUUUGAUGGAGGUCUAUUUCAAGAACUUUUAGGUGAAGAAAUGAAUUUAUUGUUCCUUUAACUCUGGUUACAGUUAAAAAUGUGGUUACACGUGAAAAAUGAGGAAUGGUACGUACGUGGAUGAGUAGAAGCAGUCUUUUCUUCAAAGGAUACCAUCACAUCGAGGAAUAAGACAGGUUUUUAGCUCGUCCCCUUCACAUAAUAUGCAUGUUCUUCCACGCUAGCAACUACCAAGUAUAUAACCUUAUUAGCAUUGUUGUUAUCGUUUGCUAUUCUGAUUGCUGUUUUGGGUUUUUAAGAUUGUUUCGUUUCACAAACAGCAGUUGGGCUGGUUAUUUUGAUGUCAAAAUAGCACCUACAGUUAUGUGUUUUCUCUUGGUUCAGGUGCCAUAUCAUAUGCGUAAAGAAGCAAAACAUUGCAGGUUGGUCUUCAUCUCAUAGCACCUACAGUAUGUUGCCUGGUAAAAUGUAAUCUAGACUUAGGGGUAGUUUAAAUUUUUUAAUAGGUAGUUAAUUAUGGAAGUCAGUUAUAGUUAUUUUACUAUCAAAUGAAGGGGUGUAAUGGUUGGUUCAAAGGGACAGUGGUUAAAGGCUUGAAGCCUUAUAUAUUGUCACUUGUAAUCAUAUUAAACUUAUUCUUGAUGAUAAUAAAGAAAUCUCAGUUUUAGUACAAGAA